UUCAAAGACGGCCCCUGCACGUCAGAAGAAGUGCAAACCAACAGAAGAAGCAGCAGAGCCGAGCGUUGGCACUGUGGACUGUCUUGGAAGAGGACUACUGAGUAGAUAAAGAAAGGUCAACCCCACCCAGCCUCAGCAAAUACUAGCAUGGCUACAGCGAGCACCUCAGGGCAGAGCACCUUCGGGCUUGGAAGGAAAAAGAAGACUCCUGGUCUCAUGGAUCAGAUUAGCAAGUUCUUUGGAGGAGACAAAAAGAAACGGAGCAAGGGGUCGUUCCGGGGUCACCUGGCCUCCUCGCCCCAGCAAUCCUCCACUCGCCGCCGGACCAAUGAAAAUGCUGUGGUGCAUUUCUUCAGGAGCUUUGUUUCCUCUCCUCGUCCUAAAUCCAGGUGGAGAGACGUCUUGGGCUUGAGCGACUCGCUGCUUCUGGAUGACUUUGAAACAGCUCAACUAUUUAUGAACCACAACCGGCCUCGUCGCCGCGUGCCGAGAGCACAAAGUCACCGGUCAGAAGACGCAGAGACCAAAGCACACUGUCCAGAAUCUUCAACCUGUGAUGCUCUCAUCAGAGAUCAGGAGACACCAAGUCCCGUCCACCCCCUAAACGCUGGAGCACCAUCUUCUAAGCUCUCCGCCGAGGACCAAACAACAGAUCCAACGCCUACGGGACAAGACGAAGGAGGAGGAACAGAUCUGCAAGCGGCGGACUCACAACCUCAAGAAAUGUUAACCCACUAACACAAGCCUCCUUUAUGUUUAGACCGCGACUCAUUUCACAUUGACGCAGUAUGAAAUCCACUCUCCAGGGGAUGUAGGCAGUCACCGUGCUAGUUUUCUUUUUAAUCCUACUCCCAAGCACAUCCUGUCUCAGUCAUUAUUUAGGUGUUUAUAAGAGGUUUGCUUUUAGUAGAAUGUCUCACUGUAAAAAUCACCCAUUCGAGUAUCUUGGUCUGAUGGUGCUAGUGUCUGCUGUCUGCUGUCUGAGGUUCGUUCAUGGCAGAUGUUUGUUUUUCUAUUUGUCUCCCGUCAUCUGCAUUUUGUACAUGAGCACCGCUUUAUGUAUCUCGCUGCUUGAUGCUUGAACUUACACGCCAAACAAAGCAUUGUUUUUGUUUCAUAUGUGAAGUAUAGACGGAGAGUGGUCCUGUGUGUGGCUGUUGUGCUCGAGUGAAAUGCAUGUUGCAAAGAAACACAACUGGAAACCUACAGUAUAUGAGUAGUGUGGACUCUAAUAUUGUUUUAAUGUAACAGUUUUGCGUCAUUAUGCUUCUGUGUAAGUAAUAAACAUGUACAGUAUGAUGUCAUUCAAGUCUAUCAAAAAAUAAAACGCCCUUUUCCAUUGCACUGUUGCAGCUAAAUAAUACAACUAAACUGGUCUGCUCUCUUUUCUAUGUUAUAUCUACCUUAUUUAUUGUGAGUUUCUGUUUGCAUCUUAAAUUAAGUUUGAGGUUUUAAUGUUAUUCGUGAAUUUCAGAGAUGACAGACAAAUGUUCGUUUUAUCUGAUGGUCAGAUAGUAAGUGGUUCAAAGGUUUACGGCAGAAGCACCGAGAUGGUAUGAGGAAGGACCGUAUGUUGAUUUCAAAUGUUCUGACGCAUAAUUUGUCGAUUUUCUUUCGCUCGUGAUAAAUGACAUUGCCUCUCUUAUUUGUACAUGCUCUGUUUGUAUGUUCCCUUUAACAGAACAGUCAAAAAGAACUGUAAAGGUGUUUUUGUUUCUGGGGUUGCUGACAUGUGGUGGUGCUACAGGAAUUAGAGCUGAUACUUAGAAAACUGAGUGUUUUGUUUCCUCUUAAUGUAAAACUCUAACUGGAAAUAAACAUGUUAUGUCCUCUCUGUUAUUAAAUGUUUUAAAAUCUGACAA